CUCACAGUAAGGUAUUGUAUCAUUGAUCCAGCGCUCGUUUCAAAUCCAAGAACAAAGAAACUUUUAAACAUUACACUUACAGGUAAUGUAAUUUUUUUCAUUUCAAGUACCGUAAAGAAAACCCGCAUGAUGAGCUUUCAAACGAUUUUUACUGCGCAAUAAACAGCUAGCUGUGUGUUUACGGAACAGAGUCCCCAGUUACAAUCAGCUGAUACAGUGACAGAGAAUUUAGCGUAUAUUUGAGUUGUUUACCACGGAACAUACAUUAGUACGGUCCAGAACAGUGAUAAAGGCUACUUACUUUUAUGUUUAAUGUUGAUAUUGCUUAAACAACGGCUAGCGAGGUCGAAAACACGCAAGUUAUUGAACAGCACAACAACAUUCAGCCCAGGACAGGCGCUGAAUAAGAGUUGUUCGAGUUUGUAAAGGGCGACGAAAUACCAGCGCAGCGAUGCCAGACUGUGCCGUAAAUAUCUGGAAUUACAGCCAGUACAGCGUUCACGUUGCUUAUGAGCAGAAAUAAUGUCGAGGAAUCACAUUUGGAAAAUAGCCAGUUUUUUGAGGUACCAUUUGAAAAAGAAGGAUGCGGUGAGUUUUGUAAAAUUAUCCUCGGGGAUAGGAUUUGGUUUGGCAGCUGCUGCAAACGUGUGCGAAGAAGGCGAUAUUGUUGAUAACGUAUAUGGCGUUGGUAGGUUUUUGAGGUCGCUGAAAAUAGGCGUAUGGAUAUCAAUAGACUAUUACUUCUCAAUGAUGGGUUUAGACGAAUCGUCGCCAAACUACCGAUUCAUGAUAAGCAGAAUCCACCAAAGAGCCGCUGACAAUAUUCUCCAAGGAUGUCUGUUAAACGGCGGUUCCUACAUCAAGUUGGGCCAAGGACUGGUCUCAAUGAGUCACAUCUUACCCAGGGAGUAUAUCAACACCUUGAAAUCCCUACAAGAUAAGUGUUUAAGGAGGAAGGAAAAUGAGGUGAUAGAGAUCUUUAUGAAAGACUUUGGCAAGACGCCGAGUGAGAUAUUUAAAAAGUUUGAAGAAGCCCCGAUAGCUGCAGCCAGCAUCGCACAGGUGUUCGAAGCAGAAACGAAAGACAACCAAAAAGUAGCUGUGAAAGUACAAUACAAAGAUCUACAAUCGCGUUUCAAUAGCGACGUCAGAACAAUAAAGGCUUUACUCUCUGUUGCUGGAUGGAUGCAUCCUAAUUUCAAUUUUGCCUGGGUUAUAGACGAUCUAGUUGAUUCUUUGAAACAAGAAUUAGACUUUAUAAACGAAGCUAGGAAUAGUCAACGGUGUGCGAGAGACCUUAGGCAUCUAAGAUAUGUCCACGUUCCUAAGGUUUUUUGGGAAUAUACGAAUACUAGGGUUUUAGUAACAGAAUUUAUCAACGGAUAUAAGAUAAGUGACAUAGACGCUAUAAAAAAGGAGAAAUUUUCACUUGCAGAUAUAAACCGAAAAUUGUUCGAGGCUUUUGGCCAUCAAAUCUUCCAAACUGGUUUUGUCCACGCUGACCCUCAUCCUGGAAAUAUUCUUAUUAGAAGACAUAAUGGCCAAACACAACUGGUACUACUAGAUCAUGGGUUAUAUCAAGAAGUUUCACAAAAAGACAGGAUAGCACUGAGCCAUAUGUGGAAAGCCAUCGUUUUCAACGAUCAUGAGAACAUGAAGAAAUAUUCUAAAGAAUUGGGAGUGGAAAAUUAUGUACUAUUUGCCGAAAUUUUGACGCAAGCGCCACUGAGGACACACGGUUUCAAGCUGAUAACGAAGCUUACUGAAGAAGAUGAAAAGCACAUGACUGAGUUUGCUAGAGACAGAUUUGACAGCAUUAUGGAAUGUAUACAAAGCAUGCCUAGAUCGUUAUUACUAGUCCUUAGGAACCUGAACACAAUUAGGUCAAUUUCUCAUGAUCAUGGUAGUCCAAUUGAUAGGUACAGCGUUUUAGCACGUAUGGCGACGCAGACAACUUAUUCUCAGGAUAGCUUUAAAAACAGGGUGCUCAAUAUUCCACUGUGGAUGUAUUUUGAAUUUUUACUAGGGUGCCAAAGGAUUUGCAGAUGGUUUAGAUCUUUAACACUGAAGUUACUACAAAACUUUGGAUUAGCUCCCAAUAUAGAAAAAUUUGUUGCUGAAAUGCAAAUGGCUUUUUAAUAUAAUUGUUAUUCUUAUUGUUACCGUUAAUCUUCCAAUAAAAAGAAAUGGAAAAGUAUAAAAA